AUGCUUCCUCGAUCUCGUCUACGUUUCUUUACAGCUCUGCGGGCUCCUCCAUGCACACGACGCUUUGCGACCGAGUCGCGGUUAGCCUCGGAUCAUGUUCGCAUUGUGGAGGUUGGACCUCGGGAUGGGUUGCAGAAUGAGAAGAAAUCCAUUCCAAAGGAAACAAAACUAGAAUUGAUCCAACGACUAGCAAAGACUGGCGUGACGACAAUAGAGGCGGGAUCAUUCGUCCCUGCAAAAUGGGUGCCACAGAUGGCUAGUACAUCUGAAAUCUGCGAACAGCUCCUCACCUCUCCCCCUCCCUCUCAAAAUACAAUCGCCUACAACUACCUCGUCCCCAACAUCAAGGGACUUGAGAGUCUAGUUAAAAUAAUGGACGCCACCGGCGUGCCAGCAGAUUCGAAACCCGCAACAACCACAGAAGUCUCCCUUUUCGCAGCAGCAACCGAAGCAUUUUCGAAAGCAAAUACAAACUGCACAAUCGCCGAAUCGCUAGAACGAAUCAAACCCAUCGUUGCCCUGGCCAAGACCAAGAACAUCCGCGUUCGGGGCUACGUCUCCGUAGCUCUGGGAUGUCCCUACGAAGGACCAGAGGUCGACCCUUCCAAAGUAGCCGAUAUAACCGCGAGCCUGCUGGAAAUGGGUGCCGACGAAGUUUCCGUCGCGGAUACUACUGGCAUGGGCACAGCGCCAAGAACAAACGAACUUCUCACAACAUUAAAAGCAGCCGGCAUUGCUAGUACAGAUCUUGCACUACACUUCCAUGAUACAUAUGGACAGGCCUUGGUGAAUACAAUUGUUGGUCUGGAGCAUGGAAUUCGGAUUUUUGAUAGCAGUGUCGGUGGCUUGGGUGGCUGUCCGUAUUCUAAGGGGGCGACUGGAAAUGUCUCAACAGAGGAUCUUAUUCAUACUAUUCACAGCCUUGGAAUGAAUACAGGCAUCAGUUUGGAGGAGAUGUCUAAGAUUGGGUCAUGGAUUAGUGGAGAGCUAGGCCGGGUGAACGAUAGCCGAGCGGGCAAGGCGACAUCCGCCAGGCUUUGA